UAAUACCUAUAUGUAUUGUCCGUACGUAUCUACGAGUAUAGGUAUAGAUAGAAGCGUGUGUAUUUUUAUUUCUUUCGUACUGAUAUGUCCACGUCAGAUUCUCCUUGUACCUAGCUAGAGAGUCAGUGUGCGAGAGAGAGAAUCCGAAAUCGAAUCUGGAUUUAAAGAGGAACUAGGGUUCUUAUAGGGAGUUGGGAUAGCGAUAAUCGAGGAAAUGUUGGACUAAGAAGAAAUCAAUUUGGGAGAGACUACUUGCUCAUCAGUUUUUGUUGUGUAUGGCUGAUAGAAGAGAUGGGAAUCGUUACAUUGGUCUGACAGGUCGUUAUAAAUUGGAGUCUGGAACUUGUAAUGUCUGCUCUGCUCCUUGUUCGUCUUGUGUGCAUCGUAAUGCGGGUUCAGUGUCAGAAGAGUCUCCGGGUGAAAACUCCCAUGGUGUAGUGGCGAGCCAGUGUUCUUUCAACGAGGGAGAUCUAUUGCGUUCUUCUCGCCUUAAUCUUGUUCAUGAUACUUCCUCUGAGCAUUCUGAGAGUCAAGAAGUUGUAAGGUCUUCUAAUCAUCAAGUCAAGAAAAGUGUUUUAGUUGAAAGCUCUACGCACUCAGUAAUUGGGAUGGUUGGGGAAUCGGGAGAGAAUAUUGUCUUAAAUAAGGGAGAGGAACCAAACACAUUAGCUAUGUCUGACUGUGAGAGUGCUGAUUCUGAACCGCAGGAAGUUGAUGUGAAAAUUUGUGACACUUGUGGAGAUGCGGGCCGUGAGGAUUUGCUUGCUAUCUGCAGCAGAUGCAGUGAUGGUGCAGAACACACCUAUUGCAUGCGAGUAAUGCUUAAAAAAGUUCCAGCGGGUGAUUGGCUUUGUGAAGAAUGCAAGUUUGCUGAGCAAGCAGAAAAGCAGAAGCGAGACAAAGAAUCUAAGAGAAAGCAAGAAAGUGAGGCAAAUUUGAAUACACAGAGCUCCAGCAAAAGGCCCAUAGAUAGACCUGAGGCAGCUCCAGAUGCUAAAAGACAAGCAUUUGAGGCUCCAACAGGUUCACCAAAAAAACCUGUUCUCCCCAGGUUGCCCACUUUUUCCCGGGAAACAUCAUUUAAGCGCUUAGAGAAGACAACGAGAAAGCUAGCUCAUCACUCAUCUUUCAAUAGCCACUCCAGUGAUGACACAGAAAGCACACGAUCCACUGACUCACAGGUCCAAUCUCCUAAAGCUUGUGCAGGCUCCCUUUUUAAGUCCAAGUCGUUUAAUUCUUCGAGCUCUAGACCAAAAGUGAGACCAGUGGAUGAUGUUAUGCCUAAGGAGGGGCUUUCUAGAAAAUUAGGUAGAUCAAUGUCAACUAGAUGUAUAGACGUAGGGAGCUCUGGUUGCAAUGACUCAAGAGUACAAGGUUCAAAGCAACUGAAAGAUCGGAGUACAGAAGCAUCCGGAGUCGAUCAGAAGCUAAUCUCACGUGGCAAUUCGUCCAGUUCCUAUGCAAAUAGUGCACGUGAUUUGAAGAGUUUGCAGUCUGAUGGUAAAGAAGGUAGCUUGACAAAGAAAGCCAGACAUCUAAGUCGAAACCGCCUGGAAGAUAUAGUUGCUUCUGUGGGGGAUACACAUACGAAUGAAAAUAGCAAAGACGCUGUUGGUAGUCGCCGAAGGUCAUCUUUAAAAGACCUGUCAUCUCAAAAAAUUCAGACAGCCGAACCUGCUGAGACUUCAUGUUCCUCUGGAAGCAAUCUCUCUACCACGCGAAACAUUAGCGAGGAUGUUAAUAAAGGCAAUAGGUUGCGAGCAGCGGUCGAUGCUGCUCUCCGAAAAAAGCCUAGUUUCGGGAAGAACCGUGGUUUGGAGCAGUCUGAUUUGCCGUCAGUGUCUAAUGUGGAUUCUAGUUGCGAUAGGGCUCUUCAAAAUUUUCCCUCGAAGGUGCUGAGAGAUUGGCCUGUGGGAUUGCAAGGAGGGCAGGAGAUUGCAGUAAAUAGAAAACAGUCUACACUCGCUGGUGCUGAUGCAAUGGCUGCUCCUCAAUCUCUAGAGCCUGCAGUUCAUUUACAUUCGGUAAAGCCGGUCAUUAGAGAUUUGCCUGUGGGAUUGCAAAGAGGGCAUCCAAAUUUAAAUACCGACAAGCAGACGAUUGUAGUAAAUAGAAAACAGUCUACACUGGCUGGUACUGAUGCAAUUGCUGCUCCUCAAUCUGUAGAGCCUGUAGUUCAUUUACAUUCUGUAAAGCCGGUCAUGAGAGAUCUGCCGGUGGGAUUGCAAGGAGGGCAUCCAAAUUUACUGACAGACAAGCAGGCGAUUGCAGUAAAUAGAAAACAGUCUACACUCACUGGUGCUGAUGCAAUGGCUGCUCCUCAAUCUGUUGAGCCUGCAGUUCAUUUACAUUCUGUAAAGCCGGUCAUUAGAGAUUUUCCUGUGGGUUUGCAAAGAGGGCAUCCAAAUUUACAGACAGACAAGCAGACGAUUGCAGUAAAUAGAAAGCAGUUUCCACUCGCUAGUGCUGAUGCAAUGGCUGCUUCUCAAUCUGUAGAGCCUACGGUUCAUUUUCAUUCUGUAAAGCCUGUCAUGAGUGAUUUGCCUGGGGUUGACCCAUCUGUUCUGUCGACAACCUCAGCCAUCCCAGAGCCUGAAUACAUUUGGCAAGGGGAGAUGGAGGUGCGGAAAAGCAGAAAUCUAUCGGCAAUGCAUUGUGGAAUGCAAGCGUAUCUAUCAACAUUAGCAUCACCUAAGGUUGCUGAAGUGGUGAACCAGUUUCCAGUAAAAGUGACCUUGAAUGAAGUACCCAGGCUAAGUACAUGGCCUUCGCAGUUUCAAGAUAUAGGUGCUAAGGAAGGCCAUGUGGCUCUUUUCUUCUUUGCCAAGGACAUCGUGAGUUAUGAGAGAAGUUACAAGCCCCUAGUAGAUAACAUGAUCCAGAAAGAUUUAGCUCUAAAAGGAAGCCUCGAGGGUGUUGAGCUUUUGAUUUUUGCCUCCAAUCAGCUUCCUCGGAACUGUCAGCGUUGGAACAUGUUCUUUUUCCUUUGGGGUGUAUUUCGAGGAAAAAACAAGAAAUGUUCUGAUCCACUCAAGAACAAACCUCUUCCGGCGUCUAAUGUUUUGCCAAAUAUGGGGAGAGUGUUUUCUACACGUGAGGGCUUUUACAAUGAAAAUCCAAGCAACAGAGAGUCCUUGCAAUCGUGCAUGAAGGUUGGUUAUUCUAGUCCUCUAAUUCACACCUGCCAUCUGUCUCUCGUUCUCUAUCACACCUCUAGUUAUACGGAGGAGAAUGCUAAAGAGGGUGAAGCGGGCGGUGGAGAUAGUGGAGCGGUGGAAGAAACUGAGGAAGGAGAGAUAGGUUCUUGCCCACAGUUGAAGGAUGAGAAGAUUUCAGGGCCUAGGAGAGUAAAUUCAUCUGACGUGAACCAUAAUGUGGACAUGGAUGAUCUGAAUAGUGAAGGGUUGUGUGAAGGACCAGCGAAUAAAAAGCUGAAGACAGGCACAGGAGUAGAAACCGAAUGUAACAUAUUUAGGAGGGAUACAUCUGGUCCCCGUCCCCGUGAGGAGGAAAAUGUGAUCAAGAAGAACCCAGUUGCAACGGAAAGGAUCGUGUUCCCUUUGGAUUUGAAUGAUGGAAAGGAAGAGGAUACUGUAAUGGUAGACAAUAAUCCAAGAGCACUAGGCGAUGACAAGAACAAACAAAGACCACUCGGUAUGGUCCCAAAUCUUGAGCUGGCUCUAGGAGAGGAUGAAACUACUACAACCACAGGAGUCCUUUUGCCCUUCAUGGCUGGACCUAGCGCCAGUGAAAAACAUAGAAGUAGCAAUAGCCAGAAGGCAGAAGAAGAGAAUGCAGCUUCUCUCUCACUAUCCUUGUCCUUCUCAUCCUUGGAGAAGGAACAACAACAACAACAAAGACAACAGCAGAAUCAGAGACGAGUAUCUGGAUGGGAACAAAAGAAGCAGAAUGUGAAUACUCCUAUGUUUCUCUUCAGAGACUUCCCUGACAAAUCCUCAUAGGGUUCUUACUUGUUAGGGGAUGACGAUAUCAGCAAGAGAGUAUAUGCAGUAGCUUUGGAUUAUCUGUUCAUAUAAAAAAAAAACAGGAAACUUAUAUUUUAGUUUGGCUUUUGGUUUCCUGAAGAAGACUUGACCAAACCAGGACUCGCAGCAGCUUUGUACAAUGAAGGCGAUGGGCAAAAGACAGAUGAGAAGAUGUCGGUUUUGUAAACUGAUCUGCUUAAACCUAAAGUGUGUGUUUAUAUAUGUUUUUAGCUUCUCUGUUUUACUCAUGUUCGUUAUAGAUAUAGCAAAUAAGCGAGUAGCUGACAAGUUUAUUCAUACAUUCAUAGUCUUCAGAAUCUGAUGCCUAAGUGGAAUCACUUGCAAGUACAGAAGAAAGGGUAAUCAGAAAUGAUGUUUAAAUAGAUCAAGUGAAAUCAGAAAUGAUGUUUAAAUGA